CUAUUUCGUUUAAAAUGGCCACCGCUAUGAAGCACGUGAAUUUUUUGCGGUCUGCGGCAAGCAAAUUUAGUCUUCUUAAUGCUAGUUUGAACACAAAUUUUGUUAGCAAUUCAAGCAAACGUUAUCUAUUUUCUGGUGAAAUACUUGGAUUGGAAAAUUAUUUGCGCCAUAGAGACCAAACGCUACAUCGUCUUGGAGACCUUCAAACCAAAUUUGGGGACAGAAUGCGAGAGUAUCUAAAGUCUGAAAAUGAACAAACUAUCUUCACUGAUGACCUAAAAACAAUAGUAUAUGCAGCAAAAGGAGUAGAUGACUUAGAAUUGACGAAAAUAAUGAUUAAUAAAUAUCAUAAACAAUCGGAAGAAUUAAGAUUUAGCACUUUUCAUUUUGGGCCAAUUGUAAUGAGAUUAGCUCACGUACUAAAUAAUCCACAAUUUGCUUGGGAAUUGUUUAAUGAUAAAAAUUUGAAUGGUUUCUUCGAUCAAAUGUCUAGCUUUGUAAUUCUUAUGGAUUUGCUAUUCAAUAGUAAACUUUAUGAAGAUUGUCUAAAGGCACUGCAAAUAAUAGCAGAUAAGAAUUUAAAUGGAGUUAAAUAUCCUAUGGAUUGUGUGACAAUAGCUGCAGCUGCUUGUUUGAAAUUAAACACACCCCAAGCUUUCAAAGUUUUAUUAUCCAUAUUGCGAGAGUCUAAAAAAUUGGGAUCAUCAGUUUCUAUAAGAUCAUUGGUUUAUGCAGCCGAGCUAGCUCUUUUGCAAGGUUCGCCAGAAACUGCAUUAGAAAUUUUAUCAAUGCAAAUUGUUAAUGAGGGUCGAAGAACGCCACUUGCAUACGUUAAUACGAAACUAAAAGUUAACAUUGAACUAGGCAGGUUUGAAGAUUGCUUAGCCUCGAUUAAAUCGUGUAUUCUGAUGGAGGACUUACCCGAAUCUUAUAGAAAGAAUGGAAAAGUGUUUGAAUCAAUUAUAAAUAGUUUGAAAAGUGGUUUAGAAGAAAAGAACGAUGUCAAUUUAAAUAUGCAGUUUACUUUAAUCAAUUCAAUGCUUGAACAAGGAGACCAUAUUUCCUCCUCUAGCUAUGAAGAUUAUUUAAUGAGACCUGUUAUAAGGAGGAGAAAACUGCAUGAUGGUUACAAGUCUAGAGAGCGAAGCUCGUUUCCUGGUGAAAGAAAUAAUAGAAAGGGCAACCGUCCAGGUCUACUAGAGGCCUAG